UACAGGGGACUCAAGUGCUUAAGAUGGGGUUUCCAGACAGGUCUCCAGCAGUCCAGGCUCUGACCCCACUUUCCACAGGUACCCAUGGCAAGCUGGGUGCUAUGCGUAGCCGUCAUACUGACAGCAGUGGCAGGAGCUGUGGGAGAGACCCGCUAUGAGAAGUUCUUGCGGCAGCAUGUGGACCAACCCCGGACGCUCGGGCUUAUGGGACACCGCUACUGCGGGGUCAUGCUGGCACGACGGCAAGUGACAGCCCCGGGGAGGCCUUGCAAGCCAUCCAACACCUUUGUACAUGCACCAGCUGAGGACCUGGUGGCCACCUGCACCCGCCCAGCUGACUCAAUGGGGUUCCACAGCACCUCAGCUCCCAUGGACAUCACAGCCUGCCGCCUGCGGGGUGGAGACACCCGGCCCCCUUGCAAUUACCGGGCCCGGCAGCUCCAUCACCAUGUGCGUAUCUCCUGCCUUGACGGGCUGCCUGUGCACCUUGCUGGCACCUCUGAGUCUGUUAAUGAGUCUUGAAAUGGGGGGCAAUGCGUGGAGAGAUGGAUUCCCUCCCUUUGGGCAGGGGCUGCAUUAGGACCUGCAAUAAAAGAGGUGCCACAGGCCUGGGCUCUGGCAUCAGCUUCUGGGGGGACCAUGGGAUCCUGCUCCCCUCUGGGUGUCCUUGAGCCCCCUAGGGUGCCUCCGACCCCAUUCACGGUGGUCAUGGCCAACCCAGGUUCCCCUAUAAACCCUUACCUUCCAACCCAGGUUCCC